AUUGUGGAGGCUAGGUGUCCAAUGUUGAAGUAACUAGAGUCUGUUCAGGUGACUCAAUUUUCGGAGUGAAAGCAACAGAUUGCUAAUCUCUUGCCAUUCCCUUCUCUCUCUUUCUAUCUGGGUUUCCAUAAUACAGAGUUCAUCUUGUUCAUUACAACAUAUAAUGGCUGGAGGACAUAGAGAGCUCAACAACUCAUGUACCCUUCUCAUAGUGAUAGCUGGUAUGGAGAGGUUUGCAUUUAAGGGGGUGGCAUCAAAUUUAGUGACGUACCUAACAGAUGUGGUGAAGAUGAGUAACUCAGCUGCAGCAAAGACAGUGAAUAGUUGGUGUGGAUUGACUUCAAUAAUGCCACUUUUAGUGGUUCCUUUUGCUGAUUCUCAUUGCGAUCGAUAUUCCAUCAUUUUGGCCUCCUCUUCUUUGUAUGUUCUGGGGCUUGUGGCAUUGACAUCGACAGCAUUUGCUUCGGCAUGGUCUCCUGCAAGCAACAUAAGCACUUCUUCGUUCGGGUUUUCGGCCCUCUGCUUGAUAUCACUAGGCCAGGGUGGAUACAAUCCCUUUUUGCAAGUGUUCGGAGCAGAACAGCUUGAAACCGAAGAGGAAUUGCCCUGCACCAAAGAUGACCAGAAGCCAAAUAAGAAGAGUGUGUUCUUCCAAUGGUGGUAUUUUGGUGUAUGUGCCGGAAGCCUUUUAGGUGUUACGGUUAUGUCCUACAUUCAAGACACAUUUGGUUGGGUUCUGGGAUUUGCAAUGCCGACACUUGCAAUGGUUUUAUCGAUUGUAUUAUUCUCUUAUGGAACCCCGAUAUAUAGAUGCAAUUCGGAUGAGGAACCGAUGCAUAACAGGAGCUUCAGGGGAUUGGUUCACUCCAUCAAGGAAGCUGCAUCUAAAUUGAAGCAUACAAAGAUUUCCCUGUCAAACGAAAAAUCCGCAACCAUGGAGCUAGAGCUUCAAGAGAAACCGCUUUGCGAUCAGAAUUCGUGCAGCAUGAAUGGCCUGGAACAGAACCCACAAAAAUGCAACUAUCUAUUUAUGAAUGCAAAAGUAGUACUCCGGCUUCUCCCGAUAUGGACAAUGCUCCUAAUGUUUGCGGUGAUUUUCCAACAACCUGCAACCUUCUUUACCAAGCAAGGUAUGACAAUGGAGAGAAACAUCGGGAGCUUCAAAAUCCCACCGGCUACACUACAGAGUGCUAUUACAGUGUCUAUAAUUCUCUUGAUGCCGUUAUACGAAAAAGUUCUGAUUCCAACUACAAGGUUGAUUACUCGCAACCAAAAGGGUAUCAGUGUUAUGCAAAGAAUGGGGAUCGGUAUGUUCCUAUCGAUCAUAGCCAUGGUUAUAGCUGCAAUAGUAGAGAUGAGAAGGCUCGACGUAAGCAGAAAAGAAUCGAAAUCAGAAACUGUACCAUUGAGCAUAUUUUUGUUGCUGCCUCAGUACAUUCUGCUAGGUGUAUCCGACAUCUUCACUGUUGUCGGGAUGCAAGAGUUCUUCUACGGUGAAGUUCCGGUUAAGAUGAGAACAAUGGGUCUUGCACUCUACACUAGUGUAUUUGGUGUAGGGAGUUUCUUGAGUGCUUUACUUAUAUCCCUUGUUGAAUUAUUCACAAGUUCAAGGGGAAAAGGAGGAAGCUGGUUCUCAGAUGACUUGAGCGAAGCCCGGUUGGACAAAUACUACUGGCUUAUGGCCUUGUUAAGUGCAUUGAGCCUGCUUUUCUAUGUGAUUUUGUGUAGAUUUUUCGAGAGCCGGAGUGAACUGGAAAAUGAGAACUUGAAGUAAAGCCUCUCUAGAUUUUGGGAGUAGUGGUUUUGUACAGUGAGCUUUGUUGGUGAAAAAGUCCAUCACUUUUCAACUUCUCUGCUUGGUAAUUUUUAUUUUUGCCAUUUAUGGUUAUUUUCAAUAGAAACACUU